AUGACCACUUCAACUUCUAUUAAGCUAGCAAAAGCCUAUUCUCCCAUGAUUAAGUUUUUGGGGGCUCACCCAACAUUCCCACCACAUCCAGACACCUUAGUACCUCACCCCAUGGCAGCUAAUGGUAUCUUACCGGGUUCAUCAGAAUGUAUCCCUGCAGGAGAAUUUUUAACAAAAUUAAGACCUUUCCAGGUUUUUAAAUAUCAGUCUACGACACAAAAUUCAAAACAAAGUUCGGCAGGUAAGUAUGUCUUCAAGAAUCGUCCACUGGAAUCUAACGAAGUCGAUUCUGUUACAAAAUUACCAUCUUGGUUGAGAUAUAAACCUAUCGAUCAAAAUGAAAUCGAUACUAUUAAUGGUGGUGGUGUAAUUUAG